UGCCACAGCCACUUCACCGAGAGGUUGUGCCUGCUUGUCUGGCGCUUUGGACUGUUCCUGUUUCCUCCAGACUUGAGUUACCAGUUUCAGCUGGUAAGAUGGAUGACACCGAGCAUGAACUCCAACGAGUGAUCCGUCGCCACUAUCGUGAAAAAAGGGAGCUACAAGAUCACAUCCAGACCCUGAAAGCUUCCGUCCCAAAGAACGACAAAGGAAGACGAAAGCAGUUGCUCUCUGACAUCGCCCGCCUCGAGGCCGAAAUGGAGCAGAGACACCAGCAGGAACUGGAGAAAUUUGGAGAAAAUCCUGACAGCAGUGUGGAUUCGGUUACAGCCGACCUCAAAAAGAUGAAUCUCGAGAAUAUGCCUCCAUGCCCAUCAAAGGCCCAGAAGCGGCGCAACCGAAGAGCUAACCUGGAGAGACGGCGGCGUCACGAAGGGAUGCCUGCGGCCCAGGCCGAACAACUGGCCGCUUACCGUCAUGAGGAGGAGGAGAAGAUCGCUGCCAUUCUUGGCGCCAAAAAUCUGGAGAUGAAGAACAUCCCUGCUGACGGCCACUGCAUGUACCGUGCCAUCCAGGACCAGCUGGUGUUCUCCGUGACAAUCGAGAGCCUACGAUACCGCACUGCCUACUACAUGCGGAAACAUAUAGAUGACUUCUUACCUUUCUUCACUGAACCCGAGGCCGGCAACUUCUACACCCAGGAGGACUUCCUGAGAUAUUGUGAUGACAUCGUGCACAGGGCUUCGUGGGGAGGCCAGCUGGAGCUGAGAGCCCUAUCGCAUGUCCUGCAGACCCCAAUCGAGGUGGUACAGGCCAACUCACCCAUCAUUGUCAUCGGGGAAGAGUACACCAGGAAGCCGCUCACGCUUGUCUAUCUGCACUACGCCUGCGACUUCGGAGAGCACUACAAUUCGGUGAAGCCCAUCGAGGUUGCUGGAGCAGUUAGAGGAAUGGCUCCGCGCCUCUUCUAG